AUGACAGCAGUUAUGGCCUUGCGCGCCGCGGUGCACAAUCUUUGUACCAUCCCAGUGAAGGAGCUGACCUCAACGGCUGAAUAUAUUGCUACAACGAUUAGCGAAAGCAGUGCGAUUCUGUCUGUACCGGCUAACCAGGGUCAAUCCGCCGGCGAACCCGACAAAGCAGUUCUCCUCCAAAAAUUGAAAGCCCGCAUCACCAGCCUGUUACAGGAUAAGACGGUUGAAGGACGAUGGGCCGGCGUGGUUAUUAUGAAAGCAACGGUGGAGUCUGGGAGAUGGGAGAUCCUACGUGGCUGUGAGCCCUGGGCUCGCUCUAUACUAGCUAUACUAGGUUUCAUAACCGCUUGUCUAAACAUCAUAUCCACACUCAGCGGCACCAAAAACUGCAGAACACUAAAGUACGGGAACUCCUUAGUCAACACUGUAUUGUGCUCCUUCUUAACGCUCCUUCCAAACCAUCCAACCAUUUUCCGGCCUUUCUUGAUGCAACUUCAAACGCUUGUUCUGCCACUGGUAGCUUCGUCGAAUACACAAAAUGUAAUACCCCAGUCCACCAGGUGGGCUGCCCAGCAGCUCUUCAUAUCACUUCACCAGUGUGCUCCAAAGAAUACGGGAAAUGAAGAAUGGGCCAAGGCUAUUCGUGCCACAAUUCUAUCUGCACAUCGAACUACGGACCACUUGUUCAGAUCUAUAGUAGAGCACUGGCAAUCAGUUGAUUCUACAUUGCCACAGGGAACUUGUAAUCGGCCUUCACACUCCAUUGUUGGUGACUUCGGAAUUGGCCCUCUUGAGCUCCCCAUCUGGUCCGGAAUACAACAAGGAACCGGGCGGUUAGUUGGCCUACUAGAGCUCUUGUCAAGUUUCCUCAAGUCAAGAUCGAACUCAACAGUUUCCAUACCCGUAGGCUCAAUUCUUGAUUUAACAUGUCGACUGGGGUCUAUCGCUCCUCCUUCAAUCUCAGGAGAGCAUGGUGCCUCCAUCAAUCCCGAGAUAAGUAGAGACGAACGAGAAGCAUUGCUGAGCGCAAUACCUCCCAUGCAUGCUGCCUCUUUGGGCGUACUACAGUCUCUCCUUGAAACUUUUGGCACAGAGAACCCCUCGAUUGCCCAAAGCUGCUUGGAACAAGCUAUCUGGAUGUUCACGUCUUCAAAUCCUGCCCGGUCUGUCCGAGAAGCGGCAUAUAAAUGCUUUAUCGCAUCUCUCACGAUUCUGGGCCCAUCACUGACCAAACCAGAUGUCCUGUCGCUAGUACCAGUCCUCCAGGCCUCAUGCAGUGAUAUAGUACCGCCUAAAGAUUCUGCUAUAGUCACUGGAAAUACGACCUCAAGUGCCAAGGGCACAUCAACUUCAACUGGAACCACCAAUGCAGAUGCAUUCUUACAGAAUAAGUCGAAAAUAAGCGCCGGAAGUUCCAACGAGACUGGUCCUCUCGCAGAUUCAGCUGUCAAAUUAUUACUAGCAACCAUCACAUACGUUCAAAUCGAACACAUUCCCUUAUCACUUCGUGCGAAGAUUGAUCGCACAUCAAUCCUUGCUGGCAACAGUGAUCUUAUGUUGGCCUGUGUUCUUAACCCAAUACCUUCAACCGAGUCGCAGCGUGGACAUCCUAGCAUAAUCCCAUUCCUGGCGAGAAGCCAGCCUAGUAACACUCAGGUUGAAGGGUUACUUCGGCCUCGUAUGCCUGUGAUAUUUACAGGGGCAGGCAGGAAAGGAAGAGUUGAGAUCGAAGAUUAUGAGAAUGGCACCGAGAUAGAAACACACGGCGGGGAUUCUUUGAGCAAACAAAACCCUGACGUGCGGGAGUCCCUGGCUGAAAAGUUUGGGCCCCGUCCAGCCCCCAUUACCACUGAAUCUACAGCCCUACUGAGCGACGCUGGACGAAAUAAACGAAGACACCAGGAUGACGUUGACAAUGCACUUCCGGCUGAUUCACCACAGCCCGAUAAACGACCUCGGGUUCAAAAUGAUAUACCAACAUCCUCUGAUGCCUUACCGAGUGGGAAAGUGGCACAAGCCCUUGAUGUUCUGUCAAGCUCAUUAAGCGGUUCAAAUGAUCAGAAUACUUUGAAAAUGAACGUGUUUCCGGAGCCCGAAAUCAAUCAUUCUACCCAAGACAAAGCCCAAGAGCCUAGUCAACCGCCAACGAUAACUGACAGUCAUGAGACAGUUCCUGCGGCUGAUGCGGAGAGCGAUGACGAGAUUCCUCAGUUGAAUAUUGAAUCCGAUACUGACGAGGAGGGUGAAGAUUGA